AAGAGGAAAGAAAAGAAAAAUAAAUAAAUAAAGAGAAAACUCAAUCUUUCAAAUUUGCAGAGGACCUUAAAUCCACAUAAUCCAGAUCCGCAAUUCAGGACCCGAUCGUCGAGAUUCGAAUUGUACUCGGGUUCCGGAGGCGCGGGCUGAUUGGAUUUCGAGGCGGCGGUGAGCUGAGCGUUUGUGACCUGGGAAAUGAGUGCGCCCAAGAAAAGGAACUUUCAGAUUGAGGCGUUUAAGCAUCGGGUCGUGGUUGAUGUUAAAUACGCCGAGAAGACCUGGAAGAUCAUCGAACAUGCGAUUCACGAGAUUUACAAUCAUAACGCCAGUGGCCUCAGCUUCGAGGAGCUUUAUAGGAAUGCAUAUAAUAUGGUCCUAAAUAAAUUUGGAGAGAAGCUCUACUCUGGACUUGUGUCCACUAUGACUUCACAUUUGAAAGAAAUUGCAAUGUCGGUUGAGGCUGCUCAGGGAUGCUUAUUUUUGGAAGAGCUGAACCGGAAAUGGGCAGACCAUAACAAGGCAUUACAAAUGAUUCGAGACAUACUAAUGUACAUGGAUAGAACCUUCAUUCCAAGUACACACAAAACACCAGUUCAUCAGCUUGGUUUGAAUUUGUGGAGAGACAAUGUUAUCCACUCUAGCAAAAUCCAGACAAGGCUUCAGGAUACACUUCUUGAACUUGUACAAAAAGAGAGGACCGGCGAAGUGAUAAAUAGGGGUUUGAUGAGGAAUGCAAUAAAAAUGCUAAUUGAUUUAGGUCCUUCUGUUUACCAAGAAGACUUUGAGAAGCCUUUCCUUCAGGUAUCAGCUGAUUUUUAUAGUGUUGAGUCUCAGCAAUUCAUUGAAUCCUGUGAUUGUGGGGAUUAUCUUAAGAAAGCUGACAAGCGUCUUAAUGAAGAGAUUGAAAGAGUAUCUCAUUAUCUAGAUGCAGCAACUGAAGCCAAAGUAACUAAUGUGGUGGAGAAGGAGAUGAUUGAAAGUCAUAUGCACAGAUUAGUUCACAUGGAAAACUCAGGCUUAGUGAAUAUGAUUCUAGAUGAUAAGUAUGAUGAUUUGGGAAGGAUGUACAACUUGUUCCGAAGAGUAUCAAAUGGACUCUCAUUAAUUAGAGACGUUAUGACCUCUCAUAUCCGAGAAGUUGGCAAGCAGCUUGUCACUGAUCCAGAGAAGCUAAAGGAUCCCAUAGACUUUGUGCAAAGACUUUUGGACGAGAAGGAUAAGUACGAUAAGGUCAUAAGCAAGUCAUUUAACAGUGACAAAACAUUUCAGAAUGCCCUAAAUUCCUCAUUUGAGUAUUUUAUCAAUUUAAAUUCACGAUCUCCAGAGUUCAUCUCUUUGUUUGUUGAUGACAAACUUAGGAAGGGGUUGAAAGGGGUUAGUGAGGAGGAUGUGGAGAUUUUAUUGGACAAAGUGAUGGUGCUUUUCCGAUACCUUCAAGAGAAAGAUGUGUUUGAGAAGUAUUACAAGCAACACCUUGCUAAGAGGCUACUUUCAGGGAAGACUGUCUCUGAUGAUGCUGAGAGAAGCUUGAUUGUUAAACUCAAAACAGAAUGCGGUUAUCAGUUCACAUCAAAACUGGAAAGCAUGUUUACUGACAUGAAGACUUCACAGGACACAAUGCAGGGCUUUUAUUCAGCUAUGGGAGCUGAAAUAGCUGAUGGUCCUACCCUUACUGUCCAAGUCCUUACUACAGGAUCCUGGCCAACACAAUCUGUUGCCCCUUGCAAUCUUCCUGCUGAAAUUCUUUGCGUAUGUGAAAAGUUUAAGACGUACUACCUUGGGACUCAUACUGGCAGGAGGUUGACAUGGCAGACAAAUAUGGGCACCGCUGAUUUGAAAGCAACAUUUGGAAAUGGCCAGAGGCAUGAGCUUAAUGUUUCCACGUAUCAGAUGUGCAUCCUUUUGCUCUUUAAUAAUGCUGAUAGGUUGAGUUAUAAAGACAUAGAACAGGCCACAGAGAUCCCUGCAUCAGAUCUAAAGAGGUGCUUGCAGUCCCUAGCAUGUGUGAAGGGGAAGAACGUUUUGCGGAAAGAGCCAAUGAGCAAGGACAUUGCAGAAGAUGAUUCCUUUAUGUUCAACGACAAAUUCACAAGCAAAUUCUACAAGGUAAAGAUAGGUACUGUUGUUGCUCAAAAAGAAUCUGAACCAGAGAAACAUGAGACACGGCAAAGAGUCGAGGAGGACAGAAAACCUCAGAUUGAGGCAGCAAUAGUGAGAAUUAUGAAGUCAAGGAGGGUGCUUGAUCAUAACAAUAUUGUUGCAGAAGUCACAAAACAGCUACAGUCUCGAUUCCUACCAAAUCCAGUUGUUAUAAAGAAAAGAAUCGAGUCUCUGAUAGAGCGGGAAUUUUUGGAAAGAGAUGAAACGGAUAGGAAAUUGUAUCGGUACCUGGCCUGAAAAUGAAAAAAAGCUCACCUGUCCUGUCCUGUGCAACCAUAUUUUUAAUUGGGUCUUUCUCCUUCAGCCUUCAUCUUAUUGGAGUGUUGUAGUAAGCUGGAAAAUGGAAUGUGUUUGGCGAAGACAUUGCUAAUGCUGGCUGGCUUAAAUGGGCAAUUUGAAGGUUAAAUCUUAAAUGCAUCAUUUUGAAUCCCUUUAUGUGCUAGCCAUUCAUUCUGCAAUACUAACACGGACCGAUAAUAUUAAUUAUUUUUUAUUUUUAAGGAAA